AUGAAUAAGGCGUACCAGAGAUUCAUUGACCUGAAGAAGAAGAACCCGAACUUAACGACAAUGAUAUCAUUGGGCGGUUGGUAUGAGGGGUCAGAGAAGUACUCAGAUAUGGUUACCAAUCCUGAUAUCAGAAAGAGAUUUGUGAAGAGUGCGGUUGAAUUCUUGGAUAAACACAAUUUCGAUGGCCUGGACUUGGAUUGGGAACAUCCGGCCUCCAGAGGCGGCGCGAGUAGUGAUAAAGAGAAUUACGUCAAACUUUUGGAAGAAUUGAAGGAAGCGUUUGAACCGAAAGGAUAUCUCCUGACGGCCGCCGUAUCUCCAGGAAAGGGAACAAUUGAUGCGGCAUUCGUUGUGCCAAAACUGAAUGAACUGCUCGAUUGGGUAAAUGUAAUGACGUACGACUACCAUGGUGGGUUUGAUAACUAUUUGGGACACAACGCACCCGUAUAUCACAGACCCGAAGAGAAUGAAGAGUUGGAGAGACAAUUACCUCCAAUGGAUUACACGCACUUCACUGUCGACUAUACCGUUAAUUAUUACCUAAGUCUGGGUCUGUCUAAGGAUAAGAUGAUAAUGGGAGUGCCCUUCUAUGGCAGGGGUUGGACUCUUAUGGACGCUCAACACAAUCAUCUUCACGACGAGGCAAAGGGUAUGUCACCCGCGGGUUGGAUAGGGGGUGAGCCCGGAGUGUUGGGCUACGACGAGUUGUGCCAAAUGUUCAAUAAAAACGACAGCGGUUGGCACCACACGGGAGACCCCUAUUAUUUGGCUCCGUAUUCGUGGACUAAUGAGAUAUUUAUUGGACACGAAGACAAAAAAAGUCUUAAAUGCAAAAUCGCAUACUUGAAGAGCAAGAAAUUGAAGGGAGCGAUGGUUUGGGCGCUUGAAAACGACGACUUCAAGAACCGUUGCGGUGAAGGAGCGUAUCCUUUGCUUAACACUGUUUACGAUAUGCUUAACGGCAAAGACAGCGGAUCCAUGGAGUGUCCGUACGGAGACAUUUACCCGCCGACUCCGCCCCCAACAACCACUACCACCACAACCACCACUACUACUACCACAACACCCGCCCCAACCACACCAACUGAUCCGCCGACAACACCCACCACUCCGCCCACACCUCCCCCGACAACACCCACUACAGCGCCGACACCUCCGCCAACCACUCCCACAACACCAGCGCCGCCGACACCAACACCCGAACCAAUUGACGUGAUUUGUUCCCGCGAUGGGUAUAUGGAGUAUCCAAAUGAUGUCCAUAAAUACUAUCAGUGCGAGAAUAUAGGACCCCAUCAAUGGAGACUAACUCUGAAGCCGUGCCCACUCGGCCCGUCCGGUGAACAACUGGUUUGGCACCAGAAGCUCAGGAGAUGUGACUAUUAAAUGAAUGAAACAAUUUAAUCAUAUUGUUUUCAUUCGGUCUAUUAUUCUUACGAAUAGUUUUACUUAAUGUAUAAUUGAAUGCAAAUAUAAUUAUAAAACAUUGUAUAUAAACAUAAUUUUAAAAUAAAAUUUAACGAAAUUUAAAUGCAAAAUACAAUA